AUGGGACAUCCGGAGGAACCAGGACAAAUGUACAUCAUUCCACAGCAUCAACCGAUCAGGUUGAGCUAUAAUGAUAUUCACAAAGCUAUCCAGAAAACCGCUGUCAAGAUUAAAGAUGAGUUUGCCCCAACAUUGUUCAUCGCUAUAGGAGGUGGUGGUUUCAUACCCGCUCGUAUCCUCCGUACGUUCUGCAAGACCACAACCGAAGGGAAGAAACGUAAUAUACCCAUUCAAGCGGUAGGAUUGACAUUGUACGAAUCUUUAGGCGGGAUCGAAGAAGUAGCAGGAACAGAAGUAGUCCGUACCCAAUGGUUAGACUUUAGCACCCUCGGAAAAAACUUCAAUCACGGCGGUUUAUUAGGAAGAAGGAUAUUAGUAGUGGACGAAGUGGAUGAUACUCGUAAAACCCUCAUCUACACGAUAAGAGAAUUACAACAUGAUAUAAAAGUUCAAUUAGAAGCCGUCUCUGAUCCUGAUGAAAAGGAACGUUUAAGGGAAGAAACGAAAUUAGCCAUUUUCGUCGUUCAUAACAAGUUGAAACCGAAAACAGCGGAAUUACCUCCAGACGUUCAAUAUUUCUCCGCGGUCGAUACUCCUGAUGUUUGGUUGGCUUAUCCUUGGGAAUGUGAUGGGGAUAUAGACGAACAUGAUCGUCUACGUUCAGAGAAUCAGGAUAGUUCAUGA